CAUUCCCAGAAUCUUUCAAGAAUCGAGACCUCAUAAUCCCAUUUUCUCCGUAGAAUCACAAAGCUAUAUGAGUUUUCUGCAAUUCUCAGACUCCAUGAACGCCUCGGAGCUUCAGGUGUGGGACAAUGCCGCCUUCGACAGUGACGAAGUACACAUGAAAGCUUCUUGGUCGUCGAGUCUUGAUCCUGUGUUCGAAAACCCUUCCGAAUCACUGGAUUCUGAUCGCAGCAAGGAAAAUUUGAGCCCUGUAAUGGUGAAUUCAUCUGUUUCUGUGAAAUCUUCCGCUGCCAUUAAGCCCCUUCAUUCAAACGGUGUUCUCGGAAACUCACUGAGAAAACCCUCGAAGGUUUUGGCCAAGAAGAAGACGUGCGAACAAGACGAUGAGCGAAAGAUCGAUGCUGAGAUUGAAGAAAUCGAGAACGAGAUUAAACGCUUGUCGUCUAGAUUGGAAGCGCUUCGACUUGAAAAGGCUGAACGAAUCGCAAAAACGACGGUUGAAAAGCGAGGGAGAGUUGUGCCUGCCAAAUUCAUGGAAGCAAAACAGAGUGUGAAGACGAUCGAAGAGACUCCCUUAUCGUCGAGUGUGAAGUCGAAGGUUAAUCGGAGGGGUGCGAGUUUAGGGCCGUCGGAGAUUUUUGCCGAAGCGAAAUUCCGGCCGCCAGGGAAGGUGGAAAUAACCCCAGGUCCAGCGACACCAAGUGUGAAGAAGAUUGAAGAGCCUUCCCUAUCGUCAAAUGUGAAGUCGAAGUUUAAUCGGAGGGGCAUGAGUUUGGGGCCGUCGGAGAUCUUCGCCACAGCAAGAUUCCGACCGCCGGGAAAGAUGGAAACGACCCCUGGUACGGCGAGACAAAAUCGACGGAAAUCGUGCUUGUUGCAACUUCAAGAUAUCGAGGAAUCAAAAUCAGCGAUAAGCGAAAGAGGGAAAAGUGUGACUGUUAGUCCGAAAACACGAAAAAACGCUAGUAAAUUUGAAUCUCAAAAGCAACCAGCGGCUACAACAGGGGGAUGGAAAAAGCCGGUGAAGAAAGAAUCUUCAUUGAUUCAGCCAAGAAAACUCUUCAAAGAUGGCGAAAAGGAAAAAUCAGUAUCCACCAAGAAGCCAUUGAAGCCUGGACGAGUAGUCGCAAGCAGGUACAACAUGGUUUCUAGUAAUCAAUGUGGGGCGGCCAUUGAAGCAGCUCGGAAGAGAUCGUUGCCGGAGAACGAGAAGGAAGAAGGUGGGAAGAAGGCACGAGGGACUGAGGGAGUUACAGAGGGAGGGAGGACGAAGAAGAGGUGGGAGAUUCCACCUGAGAUCGUGCUUCACAAGGGGAAGGAGGAGCAAGAAGAAGAAGAGGUGAAAAAGGAGACGACAUUGUUGAUGACGGAUUUACUUCCAAAGAUCAAAACAACUCGAUGUGUUGAUGAGAGCCCAAGAGGGUCAGGACCUGCAAAAAGAGUAGCCGAAUUGAAGGGGAAGAAAAAAUCUUACUUUUGCCCAGAUAAUGAAGGCGAAGAUGAAGAGGAAGAAGAAGAAGGGGUUGCUAGAUCUGCUGCUUGUGGUGAAGCUCUGAGUUUUGCAGAUCAAGAAAGUGAUAAUAAUGAUGAAGCUGAGGAUGAAACAUAAAGAUGGUUUCUUGCUAGAGAACCUGAAACUUUGUGCCUAUAUGGUGUUGGUGGUUGGUCUGUUCUCUGUUGUGGAGAAAUAACGUAACAAACAUUUUCUCUGAUGUUUGUUCUUUUUCCAAGUGGUCAAAUGCUAUGGCAAGUGUUGUAUGGGUGGAGGCAUAUGGCUAUAUUACAUAUUAUUGUGGCUAAUUUGAUUGAAAAAUUUUAAAGAGCAUUAAAUAAAGUCUUGUGUAAAAUAUUCCUGAUAA